CUGGGCCCGGGCGCGGCUCCCCGGACCCCCGGCUCCUCGGACGCCGUCCUCUGGGCCCCAGGUCCGCGACCGUUUGCCACCCUCAACCCUUCGCCCCUUAGGAGCAGGGAAGGGAAGGAGACUGGCAGCCUAAGCCGCGAGCCAGGAGUGUGCUCGGGCACCAGAAAGAAACCAAUUGGAAAGUCAUGACAAGCUUUCUAAACAUGUGAGUGACCACUCCAGACUUGUUUCUGAGAUUGCCAAAUGGAAUAUGGAAACACACUGAAGGCAGAGUGGCCUCUACAGGAUUGCUGGGCAACCCAGGGUACCAUGCCGGUGGAAAGAAUGCGAAUGCGCCCGUGGCUGGAGGAACAGAUAAAUUCAAAUACGAUACCAGGGCUAAAGUGGCUGAACAAGGAAAAGAAGAUUUUCCAGAUCCCAUGGAUGCAUGCAGCGAGACAUGGGUGGGAUGUAGAAAAGGAUGCUCCACUCUUCAGAAACUGGGCCAUCCAUACAGGAAAGCAUCAACCAGGAGUAGAUAAACCUGAUCCCAAAACAUGGAAAGCAAACUUCCGAUGUGCCAUGAAUUCCUUGCCUGAUAUCGAGGAAGUGAAGGAUAGAAGUAUAAAGAAAGGAAACAAUGCCUUCAGAGUCUACCGGAUGUUGCCCUUAUCUGAACGACCUUCCAAAAAAGGAAAGAAACCAAAGACAGAAAAAGAAGAGAGGGUUAAGCACAUCAAGCAAGAACCAGUUGAGUCAUCUUUGGGGCUUAGUAAUGGAGUAAGUGACUUUCCUUCUGAGUACGCGGUCCUGGCCUCAGCUAUAAAAAGUGAAGUGGAUAGCACGCUGAACGUCAUAGUUGUAGGACAGUCCCAUCUGGACAGCAGCAUUGAAGAUCAAGAGAUUGUCGCUAAUCCGCCAGACAUUUGCCAAGUUGUGGAAGUGACCACUGAGAGUGAUGACCAGCCAGUCAGCAUGAGCGAGCUCUACCCUCUACAGAUUUCUCCUGUGUCUUCCUACGCAGAAAGCGAAACUACAGACAGUGUGCCCAGUGAUGAGGAGAACGCAGAGGGGAGACCACACUGGAGGAAGAGGAACAUUCAAGGCAAGCAGUACCUCAGCAACAUGGGGACUCGGAACACCUACCUGCUGCCCAGCAUGGCAACCUUUGUCACUUCCAACAAGCCAGAUCUGCAGGUCACCAUCAAAGAGGAGAGCUGUCCAAUGCCUUAUAACAGCUCCUGGCCCCCGUUCACAGACCUCCCCCUCCCUGCCCCAGUGACCCCCACGCCCAGCAGCAGUCGGCCGGACAGGGAGGCCCGGGCCAGUGUCAUCAAGAAGACGUCAGAUAUCACCCAGGCCCGUGUCAAGAGCUGCUAAGCCUUUGACUCUCUUCCCGUUGGUUGUUGGGAUUUCUUAGCUUUGUGUUGUUAUUUGUUUGUAUUUUAUUAUUAUUUUUUUCCUCUCUGAUACCUAUCUUAGACAAAUCUAAGGGAAAAAAGCCUUGACAAUAGAAUAUUGAUUGCUGUGUCCACCUCCAGAGCAGGAGCUUCUUUUUAACUCAGGACUCCAGCCCCUCGGUAGAUGCGUAUCUCUAGAACCUGCUGGGUCUCCCAGGGCUACUCCCUCAAGUUCAAGGACCAACAGCCACACGGGCGGUGGAGGUGCUGCGUUGCCUACGGUCAAGGCCAGCAUGGUGGAGUGGAUGCCUCAGAACGGACGAGAAAAUGUGAACUAGCUGGAAUUUUUUUAUUCUUGUGAAUAUGUACAUAGGGCAGCGCUAGCGAUGCCGCGGUCUCCUUCUGCACCUUAUCUUGAAGCACUUACAAUAAACAGGCCUUCUCGUGAUCUUGCUCUCCUUCACGGCCCGCUCGGCGUCCCCUUCUGUGUCCAUUCCCCCACCC